GAAUAGUUGUUAACGUCUGACGAUUGCAUUUUGAUGAAAAUUUUCAGUGAUCUGUAUCCAAGAUUGAUUUCUCAGCCGUAAUUUGUUGUAAACAACACGGAGGAGUGUCCAUUUACGCGUGUUGUGAUUGGUUCGAUUCGGCGUGUCUGUUAUUGCUGAUGUUUUGUGGCACGAUAUAUAGGCUGCGUGGUUCAUAGUCAAAAAGAUUGGGAGUGUACAUCAUAUAAUCAUUCGAUUAGUACUUUUUUUAUACAUAUAAAGCUAUACAUAAAGGUCAUGUGGAAGGCUUUCGGAGGAAAGAAUCUCAAAACUUUAUGUCUAAAAAAACAAUGGCUGAAAAUCUCUUCUGUCAGGUCAGCUAGUUCUUGUUUAGCCAUAAGACGAGAGGAUGUUAAUCUCUGGGAACGGAGGGCCCCUUUGGCCCCCUCUCACGUAAGGCAGCUCACUAAAGAGGGUGUUAAGGUGUUACUGCAACCAUCCAACAGGAGAGCUUACCCCACUAAGGAAUAUGAAAAUGCUGGGGCAAUAAGUCAGGAAGAUAUCUCAGAAGCUGACCUAAUUCUGGGAGUCAAGCAGGUGCCCAUUGACAAACUGAUACCCAACAAGACCUACGUCUUUUUCUCCCAUACCAUCAAGGCCCAAGAGGACAACAUGCCUUUGCUGGAUGCUCUCUUAGAAAAAAACAUCCGUCUCAUUGAUUAUGAAAAAAUGCUGAACAAAGAUGGACUUCGUUUGGUUGCAUUUGGCAAGUAUGCAGGUGUCGCUGGGAUGUUGAACAUUCUCCAUGGAUUGGGAUUCCGUCUGCUCGCCCUUGGGCACCACACACCUUUUAUGCACAUUAGCCCACCCCACCACUACCGUAACAGUGGCAGUGCAAGGCAAGCCAUCAGGGAUGCUGGCUAUGAGAUAGCACUAGGUCUGAUGCCCAAGUCCAUUGGGCCUUUGACAUUUGUGUUCACUGGGUCUGGCAAUGUCUCGCAGGGCGCGCAGGAAGUCUUCAGAGAGCUGCCCCAUGAAUACGUCUCCCCUGAGGCUCUGCCAAAGGUAGCUAAACAUGGAGCCACAAAUAAGGUGUAUGGUUGUGAAGUCAAUAUGUGGGACCAUCUGGUCAGGAAAGAAGGUGGGAAAUUUGACAUGGAGGAAUUCCUCAAACAUCCUGAAAGAUAUGGAUCCAAUUUUGCAAAAAAGAUUGCUCCCUAUGCCUCAAUUAUCGUCAAUGGAAUCUACUGGGACAACACUCAGCCUCGUUUGAUCACCAUUCCCGACGCCAAGACAUUACUCAAGCCCACCUCGUUGCCAUGGUUACCAAAUGUUGUCGGUUGCCCACAGCUGCCACACCAUCUAUUGGCAAUUUGUGAUAUUUCCGCAGACAGGGACGGCUCUAUUGAAUUUGUGAGUGAGUGCACGACAAUUGACAGGCCCUUUGUGCUGUAUGAUGCAGACCAGAAUACUGAAAGAGAAAGUUUCCAUGGUCCCGGUGUUUUGGUUUGUUCCAUUGAUAACAUGCCUGCACAGAUUCCAAAUGAGUCUACAGAUUUCUUUGGUUCACUGUUGUUUCCCUACAUUCAUGAUAUGCUCAGUUCCAAUGCAACAACUCCUUUUGAGGAAUACAAAGUGACACCUGUAGUUAGAGAUGCUGUGAUCACUUCCAAUGGAAAGCUUACUCCAAAGUUCGAAUAUAUUGCUAAACUGAGGGAAGUAUCAAGAUCUGCUCACAAAGUUUCCUCCGCAAAAAAGAUGGGGAAUAAAAAGGUGCUUUGCCUUGGCGCUGGCUACGUCUCUGCCCCUGUGGUGGAUUACUUAACCAGGGACCCCAAAGUGGAAGUCACUGUUGUCUCUCACCUGCGCAGUGAGGUGGAUGCCUUGGCUAGCAAGUUCAAGAAUUCUCACCCAGUACUGUGCGAUGUCAUGAACCACAAAGAAGAGCUUGAGAAACUAGUGUCCAGCCAUGACUUGGUGAUUAGCUUGCUACCCUAUGUCUACCAUCCAGAAGUUGCAAAAGUGUGCAUCAUGAACAAGAAGAACAUGGUGACAGCAAGCUACAUGAGUAAAGAGAUGACAGAUCUGGAGCAAAGUGCUGUGGAUGCAGGUAUCACAGUGGUCAACGAGGUUGGAGUGGACCCUGGCAUUGACCACAUGCUGGCCAUGGAGUGCUUUGAUAAUGUUACAGAAAAGGGAGGAAAGGUCGCAUCAUUUGUCUCCUGGUGUGGAGGCCUUCCUGCCCCAGAGUUAUCUGCCAAUCCCCUGAGGUACAGGUUCAGCUGGAGUCCCCGUGGGGUCCUCCUGAACACCAUCAGCGAGGCCAAAUACCUGCUGAAUGGAAAGACAGUAGAAAUCCAGCCAGGAGGAGAAUUGUUGCAGGCUGCCAUGCCCCUCUCUUUCCUGCCUGGCUUUAAUUUGGAAGGUUUCCCUAACAGGGAUUCCAUUGCUUACAAGGGUAUCUAUGGACUAGAUUCUCUGAGGACAAUACUGCGUGGAACUGUGCGAUACACGGGUUUCAGUAAUGCUGCUGCAGGAUUGGUCCAAAUUGGAUUGAUUGACACCACUCCUCAUCCAAGUCUCCACCCCCUAGGACCAGAAAUCACUUGGAGACAUCUGAUGUGUGAGCUGUGUGGUAAACCACAUGACAUUCUACUGGACAGUUUGCACAGUUUGAUCCUACAGAAGACAGGAGGAAGUGAGGCAAGACUUCAGGCCAUACAAGAGCUGGGUCUCUUAGAAGAUGAAGUUAUCGAUAAGAAGAACACUCCAUUGGACACACUUUCCCACUACCUGGCUCAAAGGUUGAAAUUUGAACGAGGAGAAAGAGAUGUCAUCAUAAUGCGACAUGAUGUUGGAAUAGAAUGGCCAGAUCUUACCAAGGAAGUCAAGCAAAUAGACCUGGUUGUGUAUGGAGAUCCGGAGGGUUACACAGCAAUGGCCAAGACAGUCGGCCUACCAACUGGAAUUGCUGCUAGGAUGAUACUAGAUGGUGAAAUCCAACAGAAGGGAAUGCUCCGUCCCCUAAACGUGAGCAUGUACAGACCAAUGCUCAAGAGACUGCAACAGGAAGGUAUUGUUGCCAGGGAAACCAGUAAAGUUGUCGACGGAGGAAGUAUGAAUGAUCUGCUGGCUUCUAGCUUCUCUUAGAUAUGACAUCAUUUAAGAUUCUUCUCCUUGGAGAUGAAUAAGACAGUUUUUUGGGUUUGGAAAUGUAGCAAGACAUUGAACUUUGAAAGGAGAAUAUAGAAGACCAUUUUGUAGAGUUAGGUUCUACCAGCAAUUUGUUUAUUUUGUCUUUAAUCAUUAAUUCAUGAUAACUAUAAAUGGAGAAGAUGUUGAGAUGUAUUUCUAGCCCUCAAGUAUAUUUAGCUUUUGCAAGUUUCACACCUUUAUAUCUCUACCAGUUGAGCAAAGUUUACACAUGGAUAUUAAUAUAACAAGAGAACAAGAUCUGAGUAAACCUGUUGGUAGUUACAUUUAAGAGUUAGCUUUAUAUUUAAAAAAAUAUCAUUAUUUUAUGGUGGUGGCAGCUACAUUUAUGAGAGAAAUCAUUUGAAAAAGAAAUCAUAAAGAAUUUGAAUGAAAUUGUUGGCAGGUUCAUUUGUAAUAUCUCAUUUUGGAACAAAAAUAAUGGAAAGCUAUUAAGUUUGCUUAUUUUAGUAUUUUGUCCAGCAACCCCAGAAUGCAAGAAACACAAAAUGUUACUAAAUACAAAGUAUAAAAAAUUGUAUCUCUAUAAACAAAGAUUUAUGAGGCCAAUGUAAAUUUUACUUUAUUUAUUAAACAAUGGGUUUUUAUUUGGUUUAAAAAUGUAUGUUCUUAUUAUUAGAACACAACUUUUUAUUUUACCAUUUCUGAGACAACUUCCCAAAGUUUUUACAUGUGUUAGCAAAUGUGUUGGAGAUCCACAUAAAAAUUCAUCUCUUGCCUUUUUUCUAUGAUUUAUAUACAUUAGCUUCUAGUCUCUCGAAAACACAGCUGCUUAUUUUAAAUGAACACAAUUAGAAAAUAAGAAUUUAAAAAAUAGGCUUGUUUUAAGAGAACAAAGGAUAAGUAAAGUUUAUUGUAGAAUAACAUGUCUGUAAGGAUAUGUUCCAAAAGCCAAAUAAGAUUACCAUUUUUAGAAAAGUACCAUGACAGACUGUAAAAAUAUUGUUGUAAGCAUAUAAGGUAAUAAACAUAUUACAGAAAAUGUUAGUAUUAUGGAUAUUGACCAGAGUGCUUUUAGAAAAUGCUAGUCAGAGUUGGUUUUAUUAUUGUGUAAGGUUUUUCUUAAAAAUAUUGCAAAAUACUUUUUUUAACAGAUUAGAACCUUAAUAAAAGUUUUGAGUUAUUUGCAAUGGUAAAAUUAUUGUACUUAAACUGCCCUUUUUUGCACUUUUAAUUUGCCUGUGGUCUUUAUAAAUGUUGAGCAGAUAAGUAACAACUUCUAAUAAAUAUUUUAUGUCAAUAACUGAUAACUUGAUAAGUAUUCCAGAAAUGUUACAAAAAUAGCAAGCCUGUCAUAUUUUUAGAAAGAUUUAUUGAUUUUUUUUUCUUUUUUAGAAUAUGAAGAAUAUUCAUAUGUGAAUAUCUGUAUAAUAUAUAUAUUUCUGAACAAUUAGCAAUUUAGUUGUGACUAAACAAAUUGUGUAUGAUCUGUUGUUUUUCUUGUGAUAUUUCUCUGUUUACAGAUAUUAAAUCAAGUUUUCAAUCCAAGACAAUUGUAGACAACAUUGUACAUAUUUGCAAAGAUCUGAAAAUGGCUCCUUUUUACAAUCAUUUACCAUGCACCAUUAGACAAUAGGAUAUUCUUGUCCGAUAUUGCUUUAAAUGUGACAUAAAUGUAUUAAUUACUUUGCCUUAACGAAGUACCUUGUUAAGAUUGUUAUUAUACUGCCCAUAUAAUACAAUGCAUACCGGUCACCAUUUUUAGAUACAAUAAGUAUAACAUAUCCAAGUAUUGCACAACUGAGAUUAUUGCUGUUACAAUUAACCUACUUGUUGCUUGAUAUUUUAUUCUCGUCACCUAUUAUAAUCUGAUGUGAUACUGCAAGGCAAUGAUGUACUUAAAGCAAUAAAGGAAGACUGUUUGAAAUGA